GCCAGCUCGACCUCGAGCGUGGAGGACAAUAACGAGAGAAAUCGAGAAAGUAUCAUUUAACAAGAAACAAGGCCGCGAGAGCGCGGCAAAGCGAAAAUGGGGCGGAUACGACACUACUUGGCGGACGUCACCGACUACAGGUACACCGCGAACGAUCAAGAAGAUCCCGAGGGAGCCAGAAUAUCCGGGAGAUCUAGCGACACGAAGUCGAUCGGUAGUCUCAGUCAACAUUUCUUCGAGAGCGACGAGGACGAAAAAUAUUACGGCACCUGCAAUGGUUACGACUCGCAGCCCGGCAGCAAAUCGAACUUGUUACUCUGCGGCGAAUGCGAUCAAAAAUCCAGAACCUGUACAUACAAGCCGCAAGCGGCCGGCUCCGAGUGCAGGUACGUCGAGGAGCGUUUCGACGAUCGGCUCCACGAUCCAGGAAGCUCCCGCCCGUACAAAAGUCCUGUUCACGUGUCCUCUCCGCGAUCUCUGCGUCACGAUCAAGACUUCGGUGGUCAAAGUUCUUCGCCGAGGUCGCCGUACCGCGAUCAAGACUAUCCAGCUCGAAGAGGCUGGACGAAGAAACACAAGCAAGAACACGAUCAAGAGCACUACGCGAACAGGGAUUUGGAGCAGGACGAUGACAGUCCCGUCUGCGAUCUCUGCCAUGGGAACGGUCACGUCGUCCAAUGCGAGCACUGCGACUUCUCCAGCGAGGGUGAUCUGAUAUGUUUCCGAUGCCAGAGCGACGAGGCCUCGUCGAACGGUCAGAGCUGCCCUCGUUGCGAGACGAACGAGAGGAUGAUGUCCAGCAGGCUAUCGGGAAGGUCCCAAAGGGUUGGAACGUCAUCCAGCGACGAGGGGAAGUAUCCGGUGGACGCCGUGGUGAAAAUUCAAGUUAACGAUCACAUGAUCGACGUGGACUCGGACGAGGCACCCGAAAGUGACUUGUCCAGCAGCCAUCAUCAUCAGAGGAGCACGAUGGAACGGCUAGACACCAUCGUCGAGGCAAAGGGAGACACUGCCAGUGAGAACGACGAAGACAACGGGGGUACAAAGAUUAAUGGAACUAAGAGCGCGAGAUAUCUCAAUUACAUGAUCGUACUGUUUCUGUAAAUAAACACGUGGUCUCGAAGUAACUGCGGUUCAACUACGGAGUGUGUCUGAUCCGUGGAGAAUAUUGUCUUGUUGAGAUUAGUACUGGUCGAAGGAUAGGUUUAUUGUUGAUACGUCGAUUACGAUGUCGUUCUACGUGUUAUUACACUAUUUGUGCUGGUAGUGUCGACGCUAUACCUUUAGACCAUUUUAUAUUCUAUUGUAUAUAAUAUAUUAUGUAUUAUAUUCCAUGAUUAGUUAUUAUAAUUGCUAUCCUUUUAUUUUAUUAUUGAAUUCGAUCUAAACGGUAUGAUACGGAAUAGUAUAUACAGUCUAUACUAUUCUCGAUGACAUUUAACUUUGACAAGUUUACGGUCCGUGAAUUAGUGUCGAGCUAUCGAAUACGCCGCUGAAAGGCGCGAUAAUGAUAUCAUAUUAAAAUUACACGGAUAUGCGUAGUAAGACUAAUAAAUUCAGCCGAGCAUUUCUUCAAGAAAACGACGACAAAACUUGUCGUCGCUUUUUUACACAAAUCUUCUACGAUGAAGCGAUACGGAAUUUCUAUUCAAAAUUUUAGCAUCUUUUACUGAUAUUUCAAUUUCGACAAAACGUAUAAAUCGAUGAAAUUAUAAAUUAAAAGUGAAAUAAUAUUCAACUAAAUAAAACAGGCUUAAAUUCCCCGCGCGGGAAUUCGAAACGUUUAAAAAAAAUAGCGAUAGUGAUACUCCGCAGUGCACUGACUCCGUUUAAAACCUAAAAUUUGUAAAAAUUAUUUGGUGGGUCUAGUUACCGAAAGUCAAGGACGAUACUCUUCAUUCGAAACGAAAUAUUUUCGAAACUGUUAUCGCGUUACGUUACAUACGACGCGUGACAUUUUCGAACGUGUUUCGCGGGUUGUUCGACAUCGAAAUUUGUAUCAUACGAUAUAUGCGGCGCCGUAGCUCGACUCGCAUGUAAAUAAACUGCCAAAAAACCUUAUAUCCUAGAACCGUAUAGAUUAAUAGGUAACUCGUAAUGGUUAAAAUGCUAUGUGAGAGAAUGAGAAGGAGAGAGAGAGAGAGAGAGAGAGAGAGAGAGAGAGAGAGAG